ACCGUAUCCCUAUUUGCCCCAAGGUCAAAGCUCCUAACCUAGCCAGCCCCAGGCCCGGGAGACCUGAGAGUGAACCCUCGGUUGGAAACCCCGCGCGAGUCGGGCCGAUGGGGCGGGACCGCAAGUCUCCAACGCCUGGGAUACGCUCAUAAUGGGGACAGAAGAUGAAGGGCACCCGGGGCCCGGGKCCCCAGCUGUCAGCGCCUCUGCCAGACUCGGUGCUCCGGAGGGGGAUGGGGUGCGCAUAGACGAUCCGCAGCCCCGGUUGGACGGAGGAACCGGGAGCCGCCGCCACCACCACCGUCACCGCGCACCGAGAGCUCGGAGGCUCUCCCAGGAACCCGGGGCCCCGGCCACUGGCCGAGGGGAGCUGGGCGGACCUGAACAUUGGCAUAAGGACUUCCCCAUUGCCAAGGGAGAGCGUCAGUCCCCUGUUAACAUUGACACCAAAAUAGCCAAGCAUGACCCUUCCCUGAAACCUCUGUGCCUUUGCUAUGAGCAACCSACUUCUCGGAGGAUUGUCAACAAUGGUCAUUCUUUCAACGUGGAGUUUGAUGACUCUCAGGACACAGCAGCGCUGAAAGGGGGACCCCUCGAUGGCACCUACAGAUUGAUUCAGUUUCACUUUCACUGGGGCUCAUCUGAUGGACAAGGUUCUGAACACACUGUGGAUAAAACAACGUAUGCUGCAGAGCUUCACUUGGUUCACUGGAACACCAAAUAUAAGGAUUUUGGAAAAGCCGUGGAACAACCUGAUGGGCUGGCUGUGUUGGGCAUWUUUUUGAAGAUUGGCAGUGCUAACCCAGGCCUUCAGAAAGUCCUCGAUAUGCUGGAUUCCAUUAAAACAAAGGGUAAGAGCUCUGACUUCACUGGCUUUGAUCCUCGUGGCCUCCUUCCUAAAAAUCUGGACUACUGGACCUACCCUGGCUCGCUGACCACCCCUCCUCUUCUGGAAUGUGUGACCUGGAUUGUGCUCAAGGAACCCAUUAGUGUCAGCAGUGAGCAGAUGUCAAAAUUCCGUCAACUUAACUUCAACUUCGAGGGUGAACCUGAAGAGCUGAUGGUGGACAACUGGCGACCAGCCCAGCCACUAAAGAACAGACAAAUCAAAGCUUCCUUUAAAUAAGAUGGUCCCAGACCUGGUACACAAACAGUCAAUCUUCAGAUGUUUCCCUUUAGCUAAGCACAAAUCUACCUUCGUGAUAUGGACCCUGGCUGCUUUGUGUCUGGUUUUCUGGACCCUUCAUCUCUCACUUGACAUGCUUACUGGAUAAAUGUGAAGAAUUAGACCAAGUGUCACCCUUGGCAGAAGUGUUGUGGUGGGGUGCUUCUCUACUUAAGGUAUCAUCUUUCUAUAACAGGAAUUUAAUAUAAGGGAUAGGAGUGAAUGAAGCACCUUGACUUUGUUCACAGCACAGAGGGUGAUGAGCACUCAACUCACAACUGUUUGUUGAAAUGCUAUUUUUAAAACAUAGAAAAGUGGGAUGAUUGAGUGCAAAGCYAUACAGAGACCAAUGAAA